CCCCAAGCCCACCCCCUGAUCCCCCCUGUGGAUGUGCUGAACCUGUCUUCUCCCCCAGAGGGACACCUAUUGGGUGCUCCUCAUGCCCCAAGACAUGUCCUGCAUAGAGAAGUGCCAGCCCUGCCAGCCCUGCGGCCCCUGCCCGCUGGCCAGCAGCUGCAAUGAGUGCUGUGUCAGGCAGUGCCAGAGCUCCCACGUCGUCAUUGAGCCGCCUGCUGUGCUGGUGACCCUGCCCGGCCCCAUCCUCAGCUCCUUCCCACAGAACACCGCCGUGGGAUCCUCCACCUCCACUGCCGUUGGCAGCAUCCUCAGCUCUGACGGAGUGCCCAUCAGCUCCGGGGGCUUUGACAUCUCCUGCAUCACUCACAGUUAUGGUGGGAGAAGGUGUCCUCCAUGCUAA